AUGUCCAGUGACAUUCGUCCAGUCGAUAAUUACUGUCGAUCAUAUUGGAUGUCUAAUCCUGACAAACUUGCAAAUUAUCGUUCGACAGAUGAUCUACCACAACAUUCUGAUAUAGUCAUUAUUGGAUCCGGAUACAGUGGUUCAGCAUGUGCCUAUUAUCUUUAUAAAUAUGGGCAGUCACUAAAGAAACCAUUGAUGAUAACCAUGGUUGAAGCUCGUGAAACAUGCUCAGGAGCAACAGGACGCAAUGGUGGACAUCUGAAACCGGAUGUGUAUUAUUCCUAUAAACGAUACUCGGAAAAAUAUGGCCGUCAAAUGGCGGAGACAUUGAUGGAAUUCGAAGCGAAACAUAUUCAGGCAAUGUCAGCACUCGUAUUGGAAGAGAAUAUUCAAUGUGAUUGGGAGGUUACACGAGCUUGUGAUGCAUAUAUGAAUCCUGAACUAGCUGCAAAAGCUAAAGCUUCGUUUCAGCAGCGUUGUGCUGAUGGUGGUAAUGUCCAUGACAUUUAUGAAGUACCUUCGGAUGAUCUUCUCGCUAUGACUCGAGUGAAAAAUGUUGUCUAUGGCAUCACAUUCACAGGUGCUAGUAUUCAUCCAUAUAAACUGAUUCACCAUCUUCUCAAUAAAUCCAUCGAACAAGGAAUGAAUUUGCAAACAAACACGCCUGUGCUUACCGCAAUUCGACUACCGUCUGGUCAGUGGUCGAUAGUGACUCCAAGAGGUACAAUAUAUGCAUCUAAAGUUAUCUUUGCUAUGAAUGCAUACACGGCUGGAGUUCUUCCAUUAUUUAAUAACAAGAUCGUGCCCAUUCGUGGCACCAUAUGUCGAAUUCUUCCAUCAGUUAAGUUUCAACAAUCGCCUCUAAAAAUGACCUAUUCAAUACGUUUAAAAGAAAAUCAAUUUGAUUACAUGAUCCCUCGUCAAACGGGUGAUCGAUCUAUCAUUCUUGGUGGAGCAAAACCUGCACAUAUCUCGGAAAUGAAAAUUUGGUACAAUAAUUGGGAUGACAGUAUCGAAUAUAACAAUGACGAAAGUAAGAAAUAUUUCGAAGAGUAUAUGCCCAAACAUUUUGACGCAUGGGGAACCGAUGAUGGAGGAUGCCAACAAUUCUGGACUGGUAUAAUUGGCUAUUCAUCUGACUUGUUGCCAUUCGUUGGACAAUUACCUGAUCUACCAAAUGGAUAUGUUAUCGCCGGAUUUCAUGGGCUAGGUAUGCCACGCAUUUUACUUUGUGCUCGAGCGUUGGCUGACAUCGUACUGGAAAGAACAACCAACAUUGAAGAGCUUCUUCCUGAACCGUAUGUAGUCACUAAGAGUCGAUUAGAAACCAAAUAA